AUGUUGCGUAUCACUCGUUUGCGAUGCAGCGCGGGACGGGGGAAGGUCUUUGAAAUCUUCUGCCGCGAGCAGCUUCUCACGAACAUGGCUCUUCGAGAGCUAACGCAAACGGAGCGGCGCAAGGCGAUGUCUCAGCUCUUCAAGAGGCUCUCAGAAGAACAACUGCUGGCGCUAAAGCAGCAGGCGUCCAUUGAGCAGCUUCGCCAGGAGGCACUACAGCGCGCAGCCGCCUACUUCAAGCCCCUCACCACCUACGAACUCUUUGCGCGUGAGCAAAAGGACAACCCCGCUCUCACCGGCGCCAGUCCUCGUGAGAAAGAGGUGAAACUACUGCAAAUAUACGAGUCGCUGCCGGUGAACGCCAGGAAGGCGAUAGAGAUGCGCACCGAGCAGUACAACAAGGCCCACUCCAUGAAGCUUGCGACACCGGCUCUGCCGGUGAUACCUGUGCGGAAGAAGCGGGCAGCACCCGCCUCGGACUCGUCGUCGAAGACGAAGAAAAAGAAGGCGCCAAAGUCACCGAGUAAGGCGCACAGAAAGUUAGCCAAAGGGGCCGAGAUGGAGGAGGCAGCAGAGGCAAGCGCAGACGGGUCGCUUGCUGCCAAGAAGAGGACUGUCAAGCGAAGUGUAGGAUCGCCCUACUCGGUGUUUGUGAAGGAGCAUAUGGCUUCUCUGCACCACUUGGCACCAAAGGAGCGAAUGCGCGUUAUUGGCGAGCGGUGGCGCUCGCUCACAAAAGAAGAACGGCAGCUCCGGUUAGAGGCAGGGAAAGUGAAGCUGGCGGAGGAGCUGGCUGAGAACGCGCGGGCAGAAGAAACACCUGAGUCGAAGUCUCCACAGACGUUGAAUGAGGUAGCCACCGCAGCCUCCUCCUCACCAGCCGCACCUCCGACGAACACGGCAGAUAGCACGAGCACCCAGGCUGCGUCCACUAGCACGAACUCGGUACCACAGCAGCCCCCGACACCGCCAGCAGGGGUCAACAGCUCCACGGCCGUGGCCGCAUCUCCGCGACCGCCGUUGGCUUCACAGCCGAUCACCUUUUAG